UUGUUGGGUCGGCAGCGGGAAUCUGGCUGUGGGGGUGGCGUGUGAACUUGUUGGUUUGGGUGGUGUGCUGGGUGCUGGUCGCACCGAGCCAAACUGCGAUCGCCCCAUUGUGCAUCCUUCGCUUUUUAGGAGUGGGAGCCAUAUGGCCUCAUCUGGAGGCAUAUUUUAUUUUAUAAUUUUUUAUUUUUUUUGCUUUCAUGACAUUUUUGGUGAGUCUUUUGGGCGGUUCGCCGAAGGCAUCACCACGUUCAAUGAUUCUAAUGGGCGAGGGCGUUUGUGCGAUUAUGUUGUGGCGGGCUACAACAAUGCUGCGGGGGUUCGUCCUUCGCCGCCGAGGUGGGUAAACCUGCAUGGAAGGCGUACACCGUUAUUGAGAUUGCCAGGAAGAAUGCUUGUUGUCCUUUACAACUGUUGCGGGAAGAGGCGCAAUGCGCACACAAAGUGUUUCUCCUUGUGGAAAGCAAUGAGAGGAUCUUAA